AUUCGAUAAUGCACUCAACAGUACUAGCUAGUGGAUCUGUUCUCAAUUCGGGUCAUGAGUCACGUGAUUAUUUCACAUGCGAUACAAAUACGCGUCGCGCGUCUUGCGACUCUUGCCAGCUUCAUCUCCUUCGGUCUCCCGUCAUCCAAGUAAAAAUCAACGACUACUUCUUUAAGGUUCUGAGACACCCAUACGUACUUGAACAGCCAUGCAGAUGCAGCGCACAAUAGCGAACACAGAGACCCAGACAAUAAGCAACAAGCAGAGCUUAGAGUGUGUACAGACACUACUAAAAGCUGGUCUGGGUUGUGUGGCAUACCUGAGGGGUCUUCUACCCGCCGAGAACUUCGGUGAAUACCGACUUUCGUCUCAAAACAAUGGACGAGCCUCCUCUUCCUCUGGUUCUUUCUCUUCAGACGGAACUACCGGACUGAAUAUCAGCGGUUUCAAGUUCAUGACCCUCAACCGAGGUUUCACUAAUGAAGGGGAUCGUAUAAUUGACUACCUGGAGAACGGCAUAUUUGAAGCCAUAGACAAGCAAUACCUCCGGAAAGUUAUAUUCGGCAUCUACUUGGACAGCAAAGAUCCCAACAACAUUGUGGAGGCUUACACCUUCAAUUUUCAGUACCACAAGCUGCCUGGAAGCCACACCGCCAUACCGAUCAUGACUCUUGGAGAUCAAUUGUCGAAGAUGUCUCUUGCGCGCCCAGAUCCUGUUUCUGAUGCUCUCAAGAAAGGGAAGCUGCCGACUCUUGGGGAGGUUAAAAGGAGUGUUAAGGUAAUGAUCAAGUCGCUUAUAACUACUAUCAAUCAGAUGGAAAGCCUUCCAAAAAACCGUUACGGAAAUUUCAAGUUGUUCUUCAACGAAGAUGCCCCAGAUGACUAUCAGCCCCCUCAUUUCCAGGCCGCAGAUGCCGAAGCUAACAAAUGGUUCUUUACCACUCAUAUGGCGAAUGAAGUGCCGGAACGAACGAGUAUCGGCCAAGUGAACGCAGGAUGGCAUGGCCUCGACAUGAAAGUGGUCUCAGUAUCAUCGUAUCUUCCGUCUAUAUCAGAAGACAACAAUGCGCCAUUCGCGGGUAUCACGUCUCACACAGCCCCGAGAUUGACUCCAGUUGAAGAGGCAAGAAUCAGAGUAGAGGACGCACAGUUGCAGAAGAAAGAUGCAUUGGAGCGCAACAUCGUCUGGAGCGCAGACGAAGACGAGGAUGCCGAAGGUGAAAUGGUAAUCGACGAAGGCAUUGUUUUGUGCAGGUUCGGUGGUGACGUAGUCAUGACCCCCGUCGGUAUACGCAACGAAGAUGGAGGGGUUCAACCAUUCCCUCAAGUCAAUGAUACUUCGUCGCGCGCUCAUGUCCGGUAUGGCGGCAUAUCGGAGUCGACCCCGAUAUGCGUCGGAGACUUGAACAUUAAAAAGGCUGCUCACGACAUUGAGGAAACGCAGCAAAUCCCAGCUACUCAGGAGAUUGUUAUGGGGUCGCCGAUACCCGCUCCUUCACCGAACAAGGCCCCAUCCUUGCCUGCUUCUGAUAUUGCCUUUUCCGCUUCGGCUAUUUCGACUCAAGAGGUUGAUACUCAGUACCUCCAGGAUCUACUUGGAAUGAGGAAUGAUGUGUCCACUGCACCUGAUUUAGAGAUGUUGGAUAUGGAGACGCAGGUCCUGGAAGCGUCUGGACCAUCCUGCAAUCUAGGUACCACUGGUCCACAGAUCCCUAGUAACAACCGUUCCAAGGGCUCCAAGCAGUUGAUAGAUGAAGGCCAACUUAGCUGUGACUGUGGGAUAUCGAAAAUUGACGAUGCUUCUCUACUGUGUGAAGGUGAUUGCAACCGUUGGUUUCACGUUUGGUGCAUGGGAUAUCAUGGUGCACAAGACAAGCGUCUCCCUGCUCAAUUUAUUUGCUUUGAUUGCCGUCUCCGCGGCUCUCACGAGUGGGACAUUAUCGCGGGGAUGAUUCAUGCUGAUAUCAUUGCCCGAUACAAAGACCUAGCCCUCUUCAGGAGGGCUAUUAAAAUUUAUGAAGUGUAUCAACCAUCUUCGGCGUCGCUAUUCAGGGUGCACACUGGGUGUGACACUGCACUGGUUGGUCAGCUUCUGACGAGGCUAGAAGAGGAAGGCUUUAUUGCGGUUGAAAGCAUCGUCUCUGAUGAGUUGGGCAUUGGUGUUGCCCGCUCCCAUGCGAAAAAGGGCAAGAAAGGCGUUAAAUCCAAAAAGCAGAAGGAGCUUCAAAAAACCAAAUAUGUCUUCCUCUCCAAGGCGAAACGAUCCAAGGCUUAUGCAGAUUACUUCAACCCACUCACCGAGGUCGAGAAUCGCCUUAUGGGCCUAUCUGAUACGGCGCGACGUAAAUCUAAAGCAGGACAAACCUUAGUGGCUUCGACUGAAAUUACAGAUUCAAACUUACAUCCUGAGGUUACGGCACAGGCGGGUUCUUCUGAUGACGAAUCUCAAACCCAAGAAGCGACUCAAAACGUCCUCACACUAGCGGUUGCUCAUCAAGCCGAAAAGCGCAAAGCUGCAGCGGAUUUAGUGCACCGCGGGAAACGGGUCAAAAUAUCAAUCGGCUCAGGCGUUGAUCUUUGCGACUGAAACUUCCCGUGAAGACAUUUUGCUGUAUCGUGGUCAGUCCUUGCUUCAAGGAAGGACUGUUACAAAAUUCUAUAUGUCGAUGUGCUGUUCUGAGCUAGUCUUGCUGUGUACUCCCUCCACUCGCUGGGAAUUCUAGGAUCAUUCGAUCAAAUUUGUCCGCAUUCA